AUUACCCAUUGAGUUUCUAGAUAUCUAGGUUUUACGUUUUUUUUAAAGACUGAUGCCCAUUGAUGUACUUUUAAAAUUACUCAAACUGGGAGAAACUGUAGCCCUUCACUUAAUGAUUAAUCUUGACUCAGGGCAUCUUAAAGACUUGUGUUCUUAAAUGGCUGCAAACAGUGAAGCAGAAUUAGCAGUUAGUGCAUCAACAAAUAUUGGUGAAAGCACAAAUGACUCUGACUAUUGUAUGAAGAGAUUCAAUCCUGAGUUAAUUCAAAUCAAAGCAGUAAAUGAAGAAGAGGUUUUAAGGCGAAUAGAUGCUUUUAUACGAAAUAAGCGAAUGGAGGUAAAUGAACGCAACAUCCGGGAGUUUAUUUCACCAGUUUUAGCAGAGUCUGAUACAAGCUGCGCUAGAACAGAAGCAAUUUAUGUUCACAGGGAAGGGGAAAAAAGUCACAUCAGUUUGAAAAAAGUAGAUAACUCUUACGGCCCACAAACUACUCGUCCAGCUGAAGAUGAGGAUUAUGACCAUAGAUCCUACAGACACUUACCUAUUGAUGUCCAGAGAGCUGACGCAGUGGAAGAAAGAUUACGAAACAUGGAAAUUCAUUUGAGUCUUGAUUCUGAAAGUACAAAUAUUUUUUCAAGGAUCAAAGCACUUGAGCAACGGAUCAGUUUUUUAGAAGGAGUAUCUCCAGAAUAUUUUACUCGAGGAGUUCCUGUAAUUAAUGAAAAAUCUCCAGAACAAUCCCUAGAUGAAAGGAGCUCUGUAGUUACAAAUGUCAAACAGAGUGAAAAUCUAAAUGACAUCAACAGGAGAAUCAGUCAGUUGAAACAAGUGCUGAAAAGCAAAGCUCACUUCAUCAAUUGUUAUGCAGACUAAUCAGCUUACAUAAUGCAAACAGUGGAUUGAUAGACGGCCAUAUGUCAUCUUGGCUCUUAGGUAGAGUCUUCUUCAUUUCUGAAAGGGGAAGAGAAAAUCAAAAGAUUACAGAAUGCUGGAACAGACAUGAAUGAAAUGCUAUCAUAUUAAAUAAGGAAGCUGUGUCGUACCUAUAUUAUCUCUUGAUGAAAAACACAGUUUAGAGUGUUGAGUGUACUGGCCUACAUCUGGCACAUCGCAGGCAGCGCAGUAAUGAGGUGUGGCGUUAGGGCCUCUGGGAUAGCCAUCUUCAUUUGGGUCUUUCAUGUAGCUUCGAGUGGCUCCUCCAUGAUGACUUAGCCUCUCCCUCCUCCAUAACAAACUGCUUGGCUCAAUAGCCAUUAUCUGUCAAUGUUUAUAUAUAAUGAUGCUUUAUGUACAAUAUCAUGUAAAAACAAAUGUAAUAUAAUUCAAAAGUAUUUUUCAAAGCUAAA